CAGAUACAGAAAGUGAAAGACUUCGUGGACUUCGUGCUUUCCUGGAAGCUUAACUGUUAACGUAAGAGUUAAGAGUUUCAGUUUCAAUAUCACAACCGAUCUCUUUUGCCGUGCAAACGCGGACAACAGACUGAACAACAACCUCACUGUACGGUACAGUGUUGCCGAGUGUUUCUAUAGGACAGCAUCAUGGCAUGCCAGACAGUAUCCAUGAAGGAACCAGUAUGUCUGAUAGAGAACGACAAUGAUGGGAAGCUGCGUGUGGUCCGCAGUGCACUGGACAUCCUGGACCAGAUUGACCAGCAUGUGGUAGUGGUGUCGGUGGUCGGUCUGUACCGCACUGGCAAGUCCUACCUCAUGAACAAGCUGGCUGGGGAGAGGAAAGGUUUUGCCCUGGGAGCCACCAUCCAGUCCAAAACUAAGGGCAUCUGGAUGUGGUGUGUGCCUCACCCUGAAAAAAGAGACCACACCCUGGUGCUGCUGGAUACAGAGGGGCUGGGGGAUGUGGAGAAGGGUGAUGAGAAGAAUGACAACUGGAUCUUUUCCCUGGCUGUCCUACUCAGCAGUACUCUGGUGUACAACAGCAUGGGAACCAUUGACAACAAUGCCCUGGAGAAACUACACUAUGUGACAGAACUGACAGAGCACAUCAAGGUGAAGUCCAACCAGAGAGACGGGGAGGAAUCUUCAGAGUACCUGCGUUACUUUCCUUCCUUUGUGUGGACAGUCAGAGAUUUCACCCUGACCCUGGAGGUUGAUGGGAGACCCAUCACAGCCAAUGAGUACCUGGAGAACGCUCUUAAACUGAGAACAGGUCAUAGUAAGAAAGAUCAGGCAUACAAUCUGCCUCGUAGCUGCCUGCGGAACUAUUUCUCUCCUCGCUGGUGCUUUGUGUUUGAGAGGCCAGCCAGCGGAGACAAAAUGAGACGUAUGGAGGAGCUGACCGACGCUGACCUGGAGCCUGCCUUUGUGGAGCAAGCCAAGGAGUUCUGUGACCACGUCUUCAAUGAGGCCAAGACCAAGACCCUGAAACAGGGCCUGAAAGUUACCGGCAGACUGCUGGGAAACCUGGCAGAGACGUAUGUGUCUGCCAUCCGGAGUGGGCAGAUCCCCUGCCUGGACAAUGCUGUGUUGGCGCUGGCCCAAAUUGAGAACUCCAGUGCCAUCGAGAGGGCCAGGGUCCACUACCAGAAGGGCAUGGCUGACUGGGUAGCCUACCCCACAGAGACCCAAGAGGAGCUGUCUGAAGUGCAUGCUGUCAUGGAGAAGGAGGCUGUGGCCAUAUUCAUCAACAACUCCUUCAAAGACGAGGACCAGAAGUACCAGUUGGAGCUCAUGAAAGUGGUUCAAGAGGAGUAUGAGAAGAUCUGUGAGAGGAACUACAAGGAGUCCCAGAAGGCAUGCGAGUCCAAAAUCCAAUGCAUCUUUGCCCCCCUGGAGGAGAAAAUAAGGGAUGGCUCCUACAUGACCCCUGGAGGAUACAAAGAGUACUGCAACGACCUGAAACUGGCCACCAGCAAAUACAGAUCUGAGGGAGGAAGGGGAGUGAAGGCUGAAGAGGUACUGAAUGAGUACUUGGGAAGGAAGGCGAGCAUUGGUGAGGCCAUCCUGUCAGCAGACCACUCCCUCACUGAAGCUGAGCAGAGAGCAGAAGCGGAGCAAGUGAAAAGGGAGGCAUCUGAGCGGGAGAAUCGAGCCAUGGAGGUGCAGCUGGUUGUCCAGGAGAGGUUGAGAGCGGACCAGCAGAGGACGUAUGACGAGAAUGUGAACCAGCUGAUGGAGAGGAUGGAGAGAGACAGCAGAAAUGCCAUAGCAGAGCACGAUAGAGUUCUGCAGGCCAGACUCAAGGAGCAGAAUGACCUUCUCCGGCAAGGGUUUGAUGACAGAGCACGCCAAAUGCAAAGAGAGAUAGAUGCCCUUAAGGGUGCGAAGGCACAAGAUGAAGAGAAAAAACCCUCAUUUAUGAGCACAGCUCUGGAUACUGUUGGGACUGCAGCUACCUUGUUCCUUCCAGGAAUAAUUCCCAAAGUAGGAGGAAUGGCUGUGAAAUUGGUGUCUAAGUGGUUCUGAUGUAGGUUCCCGAGGAGGAUGACAAGCUAUUAUUUUUAUAGACGUGGAUUGAUUGAAUCUGUAUUUAUUGAUAGUUGAUUCAUGGAUUUAAGUUAAGCACUCAGUCAAGGUUUUAUUUGAUGUUAGUUUUUUUGUAAGUCAUUUGAACAAGUAAUUAGCAUGCCUAAUCAUAAUGAAGUAGAUCUUUUAGAAAGCACUCUUAAAAAUGUUUUUCAGUUGUUUUACGAUUACCAAAUAGGCCUACGUCAUUUUAACACUGACGACAUUUACAUGCACACCAAUAUCCUGUUAUUAUUCGGGAUACUCAAGUAUUCUGUUUUUGAGUUGAUGCAUAUAAACGUCAUAUUCCGUUUACAAUAACCUGAAAAAGCUUGUAUCCCGGUUAUGAGAAUCCCGUAUAAGACGCCUGGGAUAUGCUGAUUUUAGACGGUAAUCUGUGGCAUGUAAACAUCCUCUUCCAUUUCCUGUUUUCCACGGUCUGCACAGGCUCAAUAUCACAUAUCAUUGGUGUUGUGUGAUUAUGUUUUCAUCUGAUUGUCAAAGAAAUCACUUUAAAAAGUAGGCUACCAGUGCAAUUCAAUCCACCAUGAUAGUUUAUUUUGCUGAUACUCCGUGCUGGACCGUAUAGCCUACUAGCUACGUUCACCCCUAAUUUAGACAAGUUUGUGCCUAUAAUUUCUGAGAUUUGGUUGACCAUUUGUUUGUCAACUAUAGUUAGAUCCAUGCAGCUUCUCGUCUGUCAUGACUAAAUAUUGUAGUGCUCACCAGAAUAAUGUCUUACAUAGAUAGCAUGAAUGCAUUAUUAAUGUAGUUAACACCGGUAUAGUUGUCUGUUUGGUUUAGGAACCAGGGAGGGAGAAAACGUAAUAACUCCAAAACAGUGGAACUAUUGGUGUUUGUAUUUAUGUGUUUGUGUUUGAAAUACUGUCUGGUUGCCGAACAAUGCCAUAACAAAACUUUCAAAUUUUCUCAAGAGAUGCUGAAAUAAAUAUUUCUCCCCUCCUGUU